AUGGAGAUCCAAAAUACUUUCCAAAUUCAAUGGGAUAAGACACCAUAUCAGUCCUUCACCGAUUACUUUUUUGCCAAAAUUUCCACUCAUGGCAGUAACCUGGCUAUCGUUGACGUUGAUACGGGUAACCAGUGGCGCUACUCAGAGAUUCGUGGUUGGUGCGAUACGUGCAUUAAACAUCGCUUUCAGGUAACCUCAAACAGUCGAGUAGCAGUGAUCACAAGCACCAGCGGGCAAGCCGUUUUUGUGCAUCUGGCAUGUGCUCUAAUCGGUUGUCCGGCUGUAGCGGUGAAUGGGUGGAGCACAGUGGACGAAAUGUGGCAUAUUAUUGACUUAAGUGAAUCGACACAUUUGAUUGUUGAAGCUCAGUUUAUGACAAAAGCCGAUGAAGUACGACGAAAGGCUGCGAUGAGAGGAGGCGGUCGAAUUAAACAAGUUCGAAAUAUAGACGAUGUUCUAAGUAAUGACAGAAUUUAUAAUGGGAUGGAAGAAUUGUGCGAAAUUUCGUCGGAUGUUCCCACAGUCCUUAAUCCGAACGUCGGUCAUAAUCCGUUGCUGAUUUUCUUCACAAGCGGAACCACUGGUCUUCCAAAAGCAGCUGAAUUCGCUCACCGAUCGCUGAUGAUCAACAUCCAGCAGAUGAGUCUCCCGUUGUACGGACCAGUCCAGCCACGAGAGAGAUUUCUUCUUCCAUUGUCAAUUUCUCAUAUCUUCGGUGCUAUUUCCGCUUACUACGCUCUAGUUAAUGGUGCGAUUGUCUAUAUGAUGUCCAAAGCGUUACCGAAGGCUCUUGUUGAGAAUUUAAGCAAUUUAAAUAUACACGUAUCUCACAUCACUCCAGCAAUGAUGAUGUGGUUAGCAAUGGAUGACACCUUAGAAAGUUUAGAACUUAACAACCUUCGCUCGAUUCUUAUAGGCGGAGCCCCAAUCGAUUCGAAUCAAGCCAAUUACGUAAAGCGAAAAAUGAACCUGAAAGAUUUAAGGCAGACUUAUGGAAUGACAGAACUUGGAGGAUUGUGUACACUCCCUCAUUAUGAAUGCGACAAAAUUGAAAGCGUCGGAACCCCACUUCCAGGAAUGCUAUUUAAGAUAGUAAAUUGGGAUAAUAAGCAACUCUGCCCUCCAAGAACUCCUGGCCGUCUACUAGUUCAUGGACCGCAGGUGAUUCCCUGCUACUAUAAGAAUCCUAAGGCCACCGCGGAAUUAUUGGAUGCGAAUGGCUAUGUGAAGACAGGUGAUGUUGCUUUUUAUGACGAGACUGGUAAUAUUUAUGUGCUUGAUCGGAUCAAAGACAUAAUCAGGCAUAAAGGAACUCUGGUGUAUCCAUCAGAAAUAGAAUUAAUUCUUAGAAGUCACCCAGGAAUAGAUGACUGUGCUGUUGUAGGGAGGCAAGACCACGUUUCUGGAGAGGUGCCGGCUGCUUUCGUAGUGAAAAGUCAAAGUCAUCCUCUCCUGGCUUCUGCGGAAGUGCGUCAGCACGUUGCAGGAAAAAUUCCCACUUUCAAAGAGCUUAGAGGUGGUGUAUUCUUUGUCACCGAGAUUCCUCGCAGCAUUUGUGGAAAAAUUGUACGUAAGCAGAUGAGGCAGUUCUGGGAUCGCGAAAGGGCGAAUUCAAAGGACAUAGCUGUAAAGAAUGCCAAAACGGGAAAGUUCGUUGGCAUGUCAGAAAAAACUCAUGCUAAAAAGGCUAAUGGCUCAGCUACACCGGAAAAAAAGUACAUUGGCAGAUCGCCUAGGACCUAA